GCCGAACCCGGGCAUGAACCGGACGCUGCGUCCGUUGCUGGACUAAAGCGCGGACAUGAACCUGCACCAGGUCUGACCGCGGCUGUGAACCCCGGCGACCGCUGCUUCUCCGUGGGCAGUGUCGGCGACCAACGCUUCAACGACAUUGCGGGAUAUACAGCACGAGGGGCGGGGCAACGGGCGCCGACGUGGCAACCACGGGGCCACGCGUCGCCGGCGGCCAUUUUGGAGGCGGGGACGCGCAGAGGUGAGUCUUAACGGCGUCUUCCGUGUCCUCCCGGAACCGUGGUCUUAACACCCCAACUUCUCAGUUCCCCGCUUUUCAGCGGCCGCGCCGACGACCUCGGGCCCCCAGCAUACCAUAUUGAGGGAAAAUGAUGGAAGAGAGUGGAAUAGAGACUACGCCACCUGGGACUCCUCCACCAAACCCUGCUGGCCUGGCCACCGCGGCGUCCACCCCGCUUCCUUUAGCAGCAACCAGUUCUUUUUCUUCUCCGAGUGGAUCCUCACUGCCGUCCCUGCCACCCCACACAUUCUCCACCCCGCAGCCUCCCCUUCCUCCUGGGAGCCCUGCAGCCCCAUUGGCCUUGGUGCCUCCUUCACCAGUUCCUUCUGUCCCACCGCUUGUGACGUCUGUGCCACCUGCCAUCCCUCCCCAAGCUGCCACUGCAGUCGGCAGUCCCCCUCUGGCCCACUUUCCCCCUUCAGCCUCUGCCCCGAGCGCUCUGCUGUCUGCACCAUCUGCGGGUCCCCCUACAUCAGGAUUUGCUGUCAGUUCAACUUACGAUAUUACAAGGGGGCAUGCAGGAAGAGCGCCCCAGACGCCCCUGAUGCCGUCAUUUUCUGCACCUCCAGCAACAGGUAUUUUACCAACUCCCAUUACUCAGCAAGCCAGUUUGACAUCUCUGGCACAGGCAGCUGGAACCACAUCAGCCAUUACUUUUCCAGAGGAACAGGAGGAUCCUAGAAUUAGUAGAGGUCAGGACGAAGCAUCAGCUGGUGGACUCUGGGGUUUUAUUAAGGGUGUGGCUGGAAAUCCUAUGGUGAAAUCUGUGCUUGAUAAAACAAAACACUCGGUGGAAAGCAUGAUUACCACCCUGGAUCCUGGCAUGGCUCCAUAUAUCAAAUCUGGAGGUGAACUGGAUAUUGUAGUAACCUCAAAUAAAGAAGUAAAAGUUGCUGCCAUCCGGGAUGCCUUCCAGGAGGUCUUUGGCCUAGCUGUGGUGGUCGGAGAAGCUGGACAGUCCAACAUUGCCCCACAGCCAGUGGGCUAUGCAGCUGGAUUGAAAGUGGCCCAGGAACGGAUAGAUAGCUUGCGUCGGACCGGAGUGAUCCAUGAAAAGCAGACUGCUGUGUCAGUAGAAAACUUCAUUGCAGAAUUGCUACCUGACAAGUGGUUUGACAUUGGCUGUUUGAUAGUGGAAGACCCUAUCCACGGCAUCCAUCUAGAAGCAUUUACACAGGCCACACCAGUGCCUUUAGAAUUUGUGCAACAGGCUCAAAGUCUCACUCCCCAGGACUACAAUCUGAGGUGGUCAGGCCUUUUGGUGACAGUGGGUGAAGUUCUGGAGAAGAGUUUACUAAAUGUCAGCCGGACUGACUGGCACAUGGCUUUCACUGGCAUGUCUCGUCGGCAGAUGAUCUACAGCGCGGCCAAAGCCAUAGCAGGCAUGUAUAAACAGCGCCUGCCAGCCCGUGCCAUUUGAGAGGUGCCUUCCUAGGAUCCUGUGGCUGCCUCAUUUUGAGCUUGGUGGUAAAGAAGAGAGAGUAUACCUUAAAUUGGAUUGCAUCAAUGAAUCAGUUUUAAUUUUCCUGUAGACUGCAGUUUUUCUUUACUAGAGAGUCAUGUGUCAUUCCAGCAGAUGAAAAGAAGCAGAUCCUUUUUAUGAUCACAAAACUUCACAUACAUAGUUCUCAAAAAGAAAAUAUAUGAAUAUUUUUAUAGGACAAUUUUAUGUACCAAAUUUACAAGGGGCACAUUCAUGUGCUAAGGCAUUUAACUUAAUGAUACAUACUUGAUUAUUUUGUUUUUAAGAAGACAUAGUAAAUGAAGGAACAUGUUUAUUGACUAAUCUCUAAAAGCAUAAUUUCUUUUAAUUCAUGCUUCAUCCCUUCCUUGUCAGUCUUUGAUGCUUUCCGUGUGUGCACGUCUCAGGUCUGACGUGGAGUAGUGUGCUCAGCCAUUUGCCCUCAGACACCUGCCUGUAGGGAGAUGGUGCAUGUUUCUGUGCCUGUCUUUAGUCUGGACCAAAACAAUGGGAUUGAUCAUUUUCUUUGGGUUAUCAUGCACUCACAUGGUCUGAAACAAAAUCUCUCUUUUUUAAAAAAUAAGUUAUGGCAUUUCACAGAUUGACACUCUGAACAUUGAGGUAGUAUCUUUUUUCAUUGCUGUAUGACCAUUAAGUGGCAAAUGAUUGAAGUGUAUUUAAAAUCAGAAGCAUUUGGGUUAUAUUUGUUCAGUACUCCUCAGUACUUCCAAGUAAACUGCCAACGGCCAUUACUUCUGCUUCCGCUCGUAUUUUCCCAGCAGAGACAUUUUUAAGAGGGAAUUACUUUGUUGUUUAUGGAAUUGUAUGCAUCUUGUUUUAAUUAAGGUUACUUCUUACUUACUAUGCCUCAAACACUGCUUUUGUAAGUUUGUGCCAUUCUGCCUUUACUUUUUAUGGAAGUUUUAAAAAAAAAAAACUUUUUAUAUUCAAUGUGGUUUGUUUAAUCCAUUAUAUUUGUAUUUAGUAAAAGCUUCUUUUCUCCCCAGAUAAUAUAUUUUUAACAUUUUUGGAUUUAUAUAAAUCAAAAUUAAAUAAUUUGUCUUAUACUUUCAACUCUAUAUAUGCAAGUUCAAAUAACUUUUUGAAGAUAGUUUCUUAUAUAAAUGUAAUUUAAGUUUUACUUUUGUAUACAAUUCUUUAAAUAUGAAAGAAUUAGCACAAUCUUAAAAAGGGUGUUGAAGCUCCUAUCAUGCACUGUCAUUACAUGUAAUGUUUCCUUUGUAUUAAUAUUAUUUCAAGUACUUACUUGAUUUUUCUGUUUUUUAUCCAAGGAUGAGAAGAGUAAGUAUUAGUUUCACAACUAUGGCAUAUGCUAAUUUCUAAGCCUGUACAGUGAGGUUCAGUGAAAUUGAGACGUCUGUGUCAUUACAAGUAAUGAGAAAGACAUGUAGCCAGUUGCUAUGCCACAAGAACAGAAUACUUUUUUCCACCUUCAGUGGUAUUUAUGGAAUACUUUAUUCUUGUUUUCUCUUUCAUAAUAAGAAACCUUUCUCUACCAUUUCCUUUUAUCCUUUGUUUUUAAAAGCUACCCUUUUCUAGCAGUAUUUUAUCAUAGCAUUGGCCUGAUGACAAAUCACAAUUAGGGAUGAAGGAAAGUACUUAAAAUAUUUCUACUAAUUUUCUUCCUACUACAGGGGAAUUUUAGAGAUCCCAAAAAAUGCAUUUUAAUUUUAUUUUACCAAGUCUUAAAAUGUCUUAUUUGAUGUUUUUGAGGGUUGUUUCCAUAGAAUCACUAACACUGUGAUCCCAUUAGGCUAGGAUUUUCCUAGAAUUCUCUAAUAGCAGUGGCAAAGUUAUGCUGUAGCCUGGUUCAGGCCAAGUAAUUUUCUUGCACCUGGGAAUUCCGCAAGCCUCUGCUGUUUGGAACAGUGUGAGUGGGUGAGGACAAUUAGGAAGGGCAGAUGGAAAAGAGAAAUACAGGAUCCAGGCCUGUACAAAGAAAUACAGAAGUACAGGCCUUUCUGCUUUUUCUCUGAUUAUUUUUUUUCUUGGCCCAGAGUUAUCUUUGAAAGAAUCAGAGCACGACUGAUCCAAAGGCUCUGCUUUCCCAACAUCUUGUUUACUUUUACAUCCUAUGAUUUCUCUGUUGUAUGAAUGGCAAGGAAAGUACCUCACUCUCUCUCAAAUCCAUGGCAGCCUCAGCCACGCUGUCUUUUAAUGUUGGCAUUUUGGCAUCAGGUACGCACACCAUCAGUCUGAAGCCACAGUUCCCUUGACUGAUCACCCAGCUGCCCUUGUUCCUUUUUCCUUCCAGCUCAUUUUCUUAUAAUUCCUGCACUAGCAGUUUUUAGAGAGAGUCAAACUGGGGACUAGUUGCUUUUUUUCUCCCUCAAGUUUCUUAGGGAAAUCUGUCUUUAACAUAAUUCUUUAUCACUGUUGUUUUGGUCAUAUUUGUGAUAUUUUAUUUCUCCUGAAGAGCCCCAGGAACUAUUAUUGAAUUUUAUAAGCCUGUACAAUUGUUUGUUCAAAUAGCAUGAAAGAGAACAGGAGAAACUGCAGGAAGAGCAAGUCAACAUCAACCUCAGUUGACAGAAGGUUCUCAGAUUAUGCAGUGCAAGAUCCUGCUGAAGUUUGUUAGCCCUGUGCCUUGGCCUUUGGCACUGGAAAGCUUUAGGUAGACUGAUGGUUGUCUCUUACUAGUCUCCGUCGUUGCACUUCCCCAUUCUUGAUUCCUCUUUCUCUCAAGAAUAAAUGGGGUAGCAAAGUGAGAUGAAAGAACAUAGACCAAAUGGUAGUAUGUUAGGAAACAUAAGUAGAUGAAAACACAUUGUGUGCAUCUAUUCACAAGUUACACAAAUUAGUAAUAUACUCAGGGUCAACUAAAUUAAUAUGUAACUGUUGAAUUUACUUUGUUCCUUGGCUAGAGGAAAUUCUAAACAGGAAUUUGUGAAGCCAAACUGAUAGUAGUAUGUUCUAAAAGCUGUUAGGUUUGCAUAAAUUAUUAGGAAUCUCAGAUUUUUACUCCCAGAAUAUGGUGUUCUUAUUUUAAGAUACUAUGCAGGAUGAUGUAUUGGAUAAAACCAAUUUUGUAAGUAUGUAAAUAUGUCAAAAUAUAUAAUACCUCAGCCUAUUUCUUAAAGGUAUAAUUUUUUAAGUGCAAAUUCAAAUUUAUACUAGAAGGACAUAUAUUCCUUUUUUGUCUAAACUAGCUACUGGCAGCCAAAAAUUCUUAUGAAACGGUAACUUCAAACUCCACCUUUCAACUACAUAUGUAAUGUUGAAGUACGACAUUGUUGUCUUCAAGGUCAGAGAACUCAGACUAGGGAGAGGACAGUGGUCACAGAGGUAACAGGCAAGAAGUUAAAGCCUGUGCUCAUGAGGAGACUUAAGAGUGCCCAGUUGGAAGGAGGGACGGAAAGAAAAAGGAGGGAUUAUUUGUCAUGUAUUUGCUAUUAUAAGCCUAUGAUCCCAGGAUGAGGGAUCAUUAUUUUGAUCUGGUGGGGUAGGGGCAAAACAAAAAUUGAUUGGGGUUUUUUUGUGUCUGCCAAAAGAUAACAAGUAUUGUUUUCAGUAAACUAGCAAAACCUCAGUUCAGGGCCCAGGAAAGUCCUGCUAAAUUUAUAAUUUGCUGCAGAAUUAACUAAAGAAAAAAAAGUUUUGGUAAAAGAAACAAAAUUGGUAAGACCAGUAUCAAGGGGAUCUAAAACAUUUACAGAUGAAGGCAAAUUUUGAAAUUAUCCUUAUUAACACAUAAGAAUUUAAAACACUAAGGAAGGAAAUAGGAACCAACAUUUAUGUGCUAAGUACAUAUUGUUGGUUAGGCACUGGAAUAGGAACUUAAGUCUCUUAUGGGUAAAACCUUAACUGUUACAUGAGUAAAACAGAUUAAGCUACCUACCCAGUGUCAUCACAACUGAGUUAACAGAAGUCAAAUGAAGUGUGACUUAUUAACCCAUUGUCUUCUAAUACAUCCUAAAUAUUUGCUUCAGUAAGUUAUGGGCACAUAAUUAAUCCUAUAAAUGCUUGUUGAAUUCAGUUUAAUUUUUAAAAAUGACACAUAGCUUGAGGACUUUAUCCUCAUAGUACUUUUAAUUCUACAAUAUUAUGUUGAAGGAAAACUGUUUUUAUUCCAUAUUUUUCCCUUUAGAUUAAAAAUGCUGUUUUGGAUUUUGCUGCUGGUAUGAGAAUAUAUUUGUGUUAAAUGUUCUGCUCUCAAAUUUGAAAAACCAAAAACUAGGUUUACUAUGAAUACCAUUUUUAGGAUAAAAGCCAGGACAUGUUUAUUGUUAAACCAGUUUUCAAGCAAAAUACCACAUACCUCUUGAAAUAUUUUUUAAAUCUUUUGAGCUGCUGCAAGGACUACACUUUGAGAACUAUAAUUCCUGAGUCAUUGUGAAUGUCCUAAGAUAGUUGAGAGAGAGUGAUGUCACCAAGAUGGUGACAUAGGUCAUUCCUGAUUUUACAUGCCCCCCGCCACAAAAGCAACUAGCUGUACAUGGGCAAGACACCACUGAGAGAAUCCUAAAACAGAUGAAGCUGAAGCACCUCUUCACUACAGAGACCAGACAGACUGCCUUUAAAGAAAGGAGUGGCUACAUGCUGCCCACAUUGCCCCUCCCCCAGGCCAGUGGGACACCAUGCCUAGAGGUCCCCAUGAGCCUCUGGCUCCUCCAGUGGAAAAAAGCUCAGAACAAACAUCCAGCUUCCCCAGUGUUGUGGGUCACCAGUUAGGAAUCCCUACACCCACCCCUCCAGUCUUACUUCACAGGGACUGUAGAGGAAUCUACAUGACUCGACCACAGUGAAGUCAUUGUAAUGGAUUGCAGCAUCCAAAUAGUCUUGACCUGCAGCUUUGUUCAACUGUAGAACCAAGUCUGUGGUACAGUCUGACCAGGGAACUCAGCAGGGUUUGCCUGAGUUGGGCCCCCAGUCUCUCUGGCUCUGGAGACUGGUCUGCCUCUGACCAGGAAGGGGAGCUGAGCCAUAGCCCAAGCCACUGCUGAGUGUAGCUUCUGACCUCAUCUGAUGGCUGGUAAGAACACCUGGAAGUUGCACAGCCUGGCAAUGCUUAAGCAGAAAGUAUCGCAGGCAGAGCUGUUUACCCACAGAACAAAGCCAGAAUGUUCUUUUGCUCUGUUCAGGCAGGAGAGCUGAUUCAUAGCCUAGAUCACUGCUGGGUGUAGCACCCCACCCCUUCCAAACAGAAAGCAUUAUGGGGAAAACCUGGGAUGCUGCUUGGAGUUGGCCCUACUGUCAGGGAAGCUGAGAACAGCCCCACUCACUGCUGAGUGAAGCUCCCAUCCCUGUCCAACCGGAAAAAGGAGCCUGGCCAGAACACUUGGAAAGUUACAUAGAUGAUGAAAGCUUGAGCAGUGAGUCAGGCAGCCAGAGCUGAUAGUCUGCAUUGCAAAGCUGGUGGACCUGGUCAGCCAGGGAACUUGAGACAUGGGUUGGCUUGAACCAGGACAAUAAGAAAAGCCUUGCUGGACUUGGAGCUGGUUGUCCCACUGGAUCCAGGUAGGGAAACUAAUUCAUAGCCCUGCUCAUUAACUAAUCCAGCCUCCAACCUGCCUGACCAUGCAAUUAAACUGGAGCACACAGAAACCUGUGUGGCCCAUCCAACCCUCGUUAUAUAACUCCAUCAGAGAGCACAACCCAUGACUCAAUCUACAGAGCAAAACCAGUGUCUUCAUCUGGCCAGGGAAUUCACUGUACACGCUUGCCUGAUUCAAGUCCUCAGUCAGUGAGCCAUGCAUGUCCUGUGCCCAGUCCUGUAGCCAUACCUACACAGGGAAGCUAAUUGAUAUGCCCAGCUACAGCUGAGUAUAAUAACCUAGUCUCAACCAUCCAGCAAGCCUGGCCAGAGAACCCACACAGCCUGCAAAGCCUGUAAUACCACCUUGUCGGCAGAGAAGCUGGUCAGCAGUGCUACCCAACUAAUUACAGACAGUACCACCACUCCAGCUUAGCCUCAGCUCAGGCAGUGUUCUCACCCCAGAACAGACCCUGAUAGCAUGUCCCACUACCCACAAGGCUGUUACCAGCAGAUGAUGUCCAGAAACCCAAACAGCUUUCUGGUGAAGAACUGUCUCUGCCAAAGAGAAACUGUAGUCUAGAAGAGGAAAGCACUUUUCAGAGCACAAAUAACAACAUAAGAUAAGAAAUUGGGGGAUCAUGAUAAAUCAUAUAACAUGAACCACUAAAGGAACCUAAUAACCUUUAGUAACCAACCUUAAAGAAAUGGAGAUCUAGGAACUGUCAGACAAAUUGAGAGUCAUUCUCAAAGAUGUUCAGAGAAAAUUCAAGAACACACAGAUAACUAAAUGAAUUUAGGAAAACAAUGUGUGAACAAAAGAGGUUUAACUAAAAAAUCUACUAAAAACAUCCCUUGAGCUGAAAAUUAAAAUGACUGAAGAAUUAAAUAGAAAGAUGCAAAUUCAAGGCAACUAUGCAGAAGAAACUGACCUAGAGGAGGUUUAAGGAGCAAAAAGGAAAAAUAAAUAAAUGAAGAAAGCCAAUGGGAAUUAAUGGACACCAUAAAAGAAACAAUAUCUGCAUCAUGGGAAUUCAAGAAAAAGGGACAGGAAGUAUAUUUAAAGCAAAAGUGGCUGCAUAUUUAACAAGCCUGAGGAAGAAACAGAAAUCCAGAAUCAAAAUGCCCCAAAGACCCCAAAUAGGUUGAAUCUGACACACAUUAUCAUCUAAUUGUGAACAACAACCUUGAAAUAAUUUUGAAAGCAUAGAGAGGUUACAUAAAAGAAGCCCCCUUAAGACUAUUGAUUUCUCAACGGAAAUGUUUCAGGGCAGGAGAGAAUGGGCUGAUACAGUCAAAAUACUUGAAAGGAAAAAUCCAAGAAUUCUAUACCUGGUAAGUCUGUCAUUUAGAAAAGGAGGAGAGAGAGAGAGAGACUUUCCUGAAUAAACAAAAGGUGAGGAAUCAUUACCACUAGACCUGCCUUACAAGAAAUGCUAAACAGAGUUCUUUAUGCUGAACCAAAAGAGCUCUAAUUUAGAACAGGAAAACAAUGUAAAACUCACUAAUAAUGGUAAAUAUAUAGUCAAAGUUAGAUUCUGUAAAAUGGUGGUGGUACAUGUAUUCACUUAACAGCUGUAGGUUAAAUGUUUAAAAAAAACCCAUAAGUACAAUAAUAUGCUGUUAGGUACAAAAUAUUUAAAAAUAUGUAAACUAUUAUAUCAAUAACCUAAAAUGUAGGUGGGAGGAAAAGUCUUCGAGUGUAUAAUUUAGGAAUGCUAUUGAAAUUGUUACCAAUUUAAAAUAGUGUUCUUUAAGUCUCAUGGAAACACAAGAAAAGAAACAGUAGUGAUUCCACCAAAGAACAUAAUAAAGUCAGGAGGAUAUAAAACAACGAACAAUGGAUCUACAAAACAGCCAGGAAACAAGAUUGCGAUAGUAAGUCCUGGACUAUCAAUAGUUACUUUAAAUGUAAAUUCUCCAACCAUGACAUAGAGUGGCUGUGUGGAUUAAAAUAAACAAGAUCCAAUGAUAUGUUGCCUACAAAAGAACUGUAACCUUAAAAACACACAGACAGAGGAAAGGGAUGAAAUAUAUUUCAAGCAAAUGGUUACAAAAAAGCAGGGGAGCUGUACUUAGAUUUUAAACAAAAACUGUAAAUAAGAGAUAAAAGAUAUAUAAUGAUAAAGGGGCCAAUCUGUCAAGGUACAACAAAUGUAAAUAUAUACCCAACUAUCAGAGCACCUAAAUAUCUACAGCAAAAACAGUGCUAAAAAGAGAAAUAAGCAACAAUAUGAUUACAACUGGGGACUUAACCUCUCAACAACAGAUUAUCUAAACAAAAUCAAUAGCAGAGAAGUAAAAAAAAGUUUUAAAAAAUGUAAACAAAACAACAACUUACAGAAUGCAGCAAAUUUUAAGUUUUAAGAAGGAAGUUUAUAGAAUAAAUACCUACUGAGACAAAAAAAAUUUUAUACACUUUAUGCCUUAAGGAAUGAGGGAAAGAAAAAAACUGAGCCCAAGCUGGUAAUCACAAAACUCCCAGCAAACAGUUCAGGACCAGAUGGCCUCACAAGUGCAUUUCUACCAAACAUUUAUAGAGGAGUUAAUACCUAGCUUUCUCAAACAACAACAACAACAACAACAACAAAAAAAAGGAAUGCUUCCAAAUUCAUUCUAUGAGGCUGGCAUUUACUCUGAUGCCUAAACCAAAGACAGCACAAAAAUGAAAAUUACAGAAUGAUAUCCCUAAUGAACAUAGGUUCAAAAACCUUCAGCAAAAUAUUAGUGAACCAAAUCAAAAAACUGUAUUAAAAGGAAAUUCAUCACAAUCUAGUGGGGUUUAUCCCAGGGACAAGAGGAUGGUUUAACACUGUGAAUUAAUGUGAAACACCACAUUAAUAAAAAAGAUAAAACCAUAUGAUCAUCUCAAUAGAUGCAGAAAAAGCAUUUGACAAAAUUAAGCAUCCAUUCAUGGCAAAACCUCUCAAGCAAGUGGGCAUAGAGGAACAUAUGUCAACAUAAUAAAGGCCAUACAUGACAAACCCACAGCUAAUAUACUCAAUGAUGAAAAAGCUGAAAGCUUUUCCUCUAAGAUCAGGAACAAGGCAAAGGAUGUCCACUCUCACCACUUUUAUUCAACACAGUAAUGGAAGUUCUGUUAACAGCAAUCACACAAGAAAUAAAAGGCAUCCAAGUUUGUCAAUGUGGGGUAAUUUGCAGAAUUUCCAGAAUCUCCUUCCUGGCCUUAGUCCAUUUACAUAUCAACAGGUGUUUACUCCUGCAGCCUCCCACAACCUCCAGGGCAAGGGGUGGGGAGAUAAUAGCCAUUCUCUCCCCUUUCUUCCUGGUACAUAAUUGGUCUGACUUUUACCAGUCAUCAAGGACCCGCCAAUGGAGUUCCUCCUGGACGGGGCAGGCAGGAAGUAAAGAGCACACAGUGAGGGCAGAGCAUCAACAGUGGAUAGAGGAGAUGGACAGUGCCGGGACUAGCUAGAGAUUUUCAGCAAGCUGUGAGCAAUAAAAAACGGUUUCUCCCAACCUACCCUUUCCCUUGAAUUUGGUUUCACUGGUUUCAUAGGGGAUUCGUACCAGGCUGGAAACACCCUUCCCUGUGAACUACAGCAAGGAAGAAAUAAAACUGUCACCAUUUGUAGAUGACAUGACUCUAUAUAUAGAAAACCCUGAAGACUCCACCAAAAAACAA